AGGCGUGUGCUCGUUCACGACUUUCAACAUGGCGACGGGCAUCAAGUCAACUUUUAACAACUAAACAAUAGCAGAAGACUAUGGCUGCAGUUGAGGAGGCAGUUCUCAUCGGACUGUGUGAUGGGGCAAUCGAUUCAAAGCGAUAUCCGACGUCUUACUUGACGAACAAAAUUGGCGACCAACCGGACAAGCUUCCAGUGAUAUCAUGGCAACAUCCCCGCUGUGGUCUAUGCAACGCUGCCCUGGCCCAUGUGGUGCAGGUGUACUGCCCACUGGCGGCGUCUCCCUACCACCGCACCCUGAAUGUGUUCGCCUGCCCCGGGCAACAGUGCAGCGGACAACCAGAGAGCUGGAGGGUUCUGCGUUCUCAGUGUCUGGAAUCAGAGGUCAGAACCAACCCUGUGGUCCAACCAUCAGGCCACGCCCCAGUUAAAGAGGUUCCCAUGACAACCACAUACUGGUGUGAUGGGACUGAUGACUGGGGCGAGGAGGAGGGGGAGGGAGAUGGAUGGGACAAGGCCCAGAACCAGGCUCAUAUGGAGGGAGGGGACCCUGACCCUGACCCUGAGAUCCUCUUGCCCACCGGGACCUCCUCUGAGGUGGAUGUGAGUGGCAAGUUUCAGGAUCUCAGUCUGGAAGUUGGAGAGGUGGAGGAGGAAGGGGAGGUUCUGGGUAACAUCCCCACCUACAGACCUUUCUACAGACCUUUCUACAUCAGUGUGGUGGAGGAGACUGACCUGGGUGAUCAGUCAGACCUGGAGCACGCUGAGAGCCUGCUGAGGGAGUACAAGCAGAGAGAGGGAGUAGAGGAGAUGGGGAGCUCCAAGGGGGGAGGAGGGGAGGAGAAGUACGAGAAGGGUAACCCCAGACAUGGAGACGCAGCGUUCUCCCGCUUCAUGAAGAGGAUCUCUCUUUGUCCGGAGCAGGUGUUGCGGUACAGCUGGCACGGGUCUCCUCUCUUCUUGUCUGACCCCCCCUCGGACCUGCCUUGGAUUAAACCUGGCUGCUGUCACUGUGGAGGAAUCAGGGUGUUUGAGUUCCAGCUGAUGCCUGCUCUGGUCAGCCUGCUACAGAGGACAGACGCAGGUGCAGGGAGAGGGUCAAGGUCGGCGGUAGAGAUGGAGACGGGGCUGGAGUUUGGUACAGUGAUGGUGUUUACCUGUAGAAACAGCUGUUGGUCGUCAGGCUCAACCUCACCUGUGGAAGAGUUCAUCUAUCUACAGGCAGAUCCAGACCAGAAACUCUUCAAAUAACUGACUCAGUAACCACGUUUCCAUCCAGUUUUAAUGCGAGUGAAGUCAUACCUUAUUAAAAAAAAACAUGCGACAGCUGUGAUGGAAACAGGAAGUUUCGAUACAAUUAUGAAGUUUUCGUUCGACAUGGUGGGAUGUUUUUGUGUCUGUAAAAUUAAUUGUGCUAGAAAUGGUGGUGGAAACACCUUUUUAUCCACAAAUAUUGGUAUAAUACCCAUCAUAUCGAAGUAAACUUGAAGUCAUGUGAUGAUAUGGUGUGUGGUCCUCCCACUACGACUCAGGAAACCAUGC